UCUAUAAAUAACAUAUUAACAGAACUCUCCCUUGGAGAUGUGGGCAAAACUAAGGAUGGGUGGCAAGGAUUGGUGCCAGGAAGAAGCCGCUAGUGUCUCCCGGUGCGGCUUUGCGUAGUGUUUGCCAACAGUGCACUAUACAAAUUCGGAACAUUUGCGGAAAAUAGGAGAUAUGUGAAUAAUGAAGUAUUUAUAAUAAUAGUAAUGAGGAACAUGAAGGACAAUCGGAACAAUGGAUGUAAAAGCCUCACUUAAGCGCGAUGUUUUAUACCGAGCACACCUACAUGCAUCCCACCCGUACCAAUUUAAUAACGUUGGCAGCUGACUGUUUUUUGGUUUCUGCAAGUGGGCGCGCCACUAUAAGUGCCGCUACUACUUUAUACUAGUUUAUAUGGGAGUUGAAAAGCUCUGGGACUAUGAGCGGCAAUGAGUCUGUCAUGACGUAGACUCGCGGACGCGGAAAUUUCGUGCCUUCUCAGUGCUCUUUCCUUUGUGAUGUGUUUCGAUGAUGGAGUGUAAAACUGCAAAGGGCGCGAGCGAUCCAGAAGUGGAAAGCGGAGAGCAACAUGAGAAUGAGACUGAGGAUGAAGAUGAAAUAUUUGAAAGCCGGCGUUUACAUAUCCUUCGAACAAUAAUUGGAUGUGUAAUUAAGAAGACAGUUCAUUGUAUGAGUGAACAGAAUUUCAUAGACAUUGCCAAGAAUGCUACAGUGAAUAAGAGCAUUUCAAAAUAUGAAGAAAAAUGUCUUAGUAAACUCUAUUCAAAAUUUCAACAACUUUUGGAAGAUGCUAUGAAAAGUGACAUUGAUGAAUAUAUUGAGAAGUCGGGAUUUCUGGAAGCACAGGAAACAAUUUCAAGAACUAUUCCUGAUAAUAUACCUACUUCAUCCGCUGCUGCAUGGAGACCAACAGGUGAUCCACAUCAAGACAUGAAAAGUCAUGAAGCUGAAAAUCUAAUGAAAUGUAAUGAAAUGUUACAAGAUGUAGUGGAAGAGCAAGUUGUGAAGAUUCAGUGCCUUAAACAGGAUAUAGCUCAUAAACGUGUUCUAACACAUCAAUUAAUAAAGACUUUAACAAAUAUGCAGGAGGACUUUAUGAAACUAUCUUCUAAUAACUCUUCUCUUCAAGAUCUAAUUGUGGAGAUGUUAUCAUUUUUAAAUAGAGAUGUGAAAAAAUGAAUUCAAUUGUGUACAUAUUUCCUAAUAUAUUAAUUUAAACAUAUUUUGUACAUCCAUUUAAUACAUAAAAUUAAAAUAUUAAUUAUUUACGAACCUUUUAAU